AUGGGCAUGACCCUAGGAGGUGGUAUUGAUAGUCUACAAGGGCUGCAUGGGUUGCAUAGGUUGCUCCUAGAUUCGCUCGAGACUGUUCGACGAGUCACCGCGAUGGGAGACCUUAUCGAAGUCUCUGACACAAAAUAUCCCGAGCUUUGCGUGGGCCUGCCCUUUGCCGGGUCCAACCUUGGAGUUGUUACCACGGCUACCUGUUGCACACAUCGUGCAACCAAUGGGAGUCUUGUCACCAAUGUAAACUUCAUCUUUGUUGCUACCGAGCACGCUGCUAUUCUGCAGGCACUGAGCUCUGUCGAUGAGACGCUUCCGCCUGAACUGAAACUAACUCCGGCGGUGGCCUAUAACCGAACCAUUGGCCAGCCACUUGUGCCGGCGAAUACUAUUUGCUACGGCCCUCAAGAACAAGCGUUGGGGCUAUUGAGCCCCUUCAACAGUCUCCUCCCGGUUAUGUCCCGCAGUUAUUGGCUCUCCCACACCGACACAUUUGCCUGGGAGUCCGGCCCUAGCCACGCCGUAAUCGGAUAUGGCUCAUCUUCACCAACAGAUAGAGAUGCAUACGUAAGGGGCUCCCAGCCACAAAGAUUUUGUACAGAAAUUGACGCUCAAGCCGCAGCAAUCUCGAGUGAUGGCACACAGGAGCCUGCCUUGAAGACCCAGUCGACGCCUUCUUUCAAGAAUCUCGCCGCCAUUUCCAGCAUUCCAGCGGCUUCGACAAACUGGCCGUUUAUGUGAAUUAUGCUCAUAGCGAUGAGGGGCCAG